AUUACACGCGUUGCUACAUAACCUCACAGUUGGAUCUUUUGCUCGCUCUUUUUGAUCGCUUUUAUCGAUUGUGACCAAGGGUAGAUGCAGUACCGCGUAAUUGUGUUCGCGACAAUACUUAUCGACAUUAUUAUUAUAUUUAGCCAUGAGUUGCAAUGAUGAUAAAGACGAUCGUCCAGUUACCCCCUUGGAAUCAGACUGUUGCGGAGACGGGUGUAAUCCUUGUAUACAUGAUGUUCACAAAGAUUUGCUUGAUAAAUGGGAAAGAAGACGGAUAUCAAAGGCAGAGUUUUCCGUCCGAAAGAACGUUUUAUUACUUACAAAAUACAGACCUUUUGUCAUUUCCGAAGUGAAACAAGCCUGCGCAAAUUGUAUUUUCAUCCGAUUGGACUACAGAGGUUUACCAGAUGCAGAUACACAAUUAUUUUUAAGCCCUGGUCAACAUGUGAUACUGCGUACCUCAAUCUCGUCGAGACCCUAUACCCCUAUAUCAUGGACUCCUAACUCCUUAUGUCUCUUAGUGAAAAUAUAUUCUAAUGGAAAAUUUAGCAAAUCUUUAGGACAAAUGAAAGUUGGCGAAGAUAUCGAAGUUAGAGGCCCUUAUGGAGAAUUUGUUUAUCAACCUAAUAGCUUUGAAGAAAUCCUUAUGCUCAGUAUUGGGACUGGUAUAGCCGCCCUGUAUCCAAUUGCAAAAUCAAUAGUCGAUGACGAGUUGGAAGAAAGCAAAAUACAUUUGAUAUGUGGAUUCAAGUCGCAUGCUCAUAUCCCUUUGGCCAGUGAAUUGUGUGACUUAUCACAUUAUUGGAACUUUUCUUGUACAAUUCAACUGUCCCAAAUAGACAGCUCUAAAAGAAUGAACGGUGUUAGAAUAGAGAGCGGUCACUUAGAGGAGAACACUGUAACAAGAUUCUUAGAAUCACGGUCACCAACAUCUACUCUAGUGCUAAUUUGUGGCACUUCAGAGUUUAAUAAAGCUGCUACUCAAUGGAUUUCAGCUUUAAACUUUAUCAAUUUUCACGUGUUUCAUUGAUGAUGAAUACUCUAGGUUUAUCAAUUGAUAUCUUAUAAAUUAAUUUUAUCUUAUAUAUAGAUGAGUAUAUUUUUUCAUAGAAAAUCUAUUGAAGAGCUAAAGAAAAUAGUAAAUUAUUGAAAAUCACUGACUUGUAGAAUUUUGAGGGAAUCGAAGUGGGUGAAUAUAUGUCAAAAAGCUGACGUGUAAUGUCAAUUUGACAGCAAUAAACUUUUAAAUUAUUGCCAAUUUGUAUGAUGCCCUAUUCUACAGGACAUGAUAUGUUUUGGCCGCAGUGUGGGCAAGCACCAUGCAGUUGAUUGAAUACCACUUGAUUUCCAGGUGUUGCUUGUAGCCACUGUAAGAAAGAAUGAUAAUUUUGUUAAAAAUUUUUAAACUCUGUAGAAAAAAUUUUCAUUAAACUAAAUAAAAGAUUUUUCCCAAA